AUGCAGCCCUCAUUUGGCAGCUUCCUCGUCACCGUCCUGUCUGCCUCCAUGGCAGCAGGCAGUGUCAUUCCCAGCACAAACGCCAACCCUGGCUCCUUCGAGAUCAAGAGAUCCGCCAACAAAGCCUUCACAGGCCGCAAUGGCCCUCUAGCAUUAGCCCGUACAUACGCCAAGUACGGUGUUGAAGUCCCCAAAACUCUGGUCGAUGCUAUUCAACUCGUCAAGUCCAUCCAGCUCGCAAAGCGGGACAGCGCCACCGUCACUGCCACGCCGGACCACGACGACAUCGAGUAUCUUGUCCCCGUCAAGAUCGGAACUCCUCCCCAAACACUUAACCUGGAUUUUGACACGGGCAGCUCCGAUCUCUGGGUCUUCUCAUCAGAUGUCGACCCGACCUCCUCCCAGGGCCAUGACAUCUACACCCCGUCCAAGAGCACAUCUUCCAAAAAGUUGGAAGGAGCCUCAUGGAACAUCACAUAUGGAGACCGCUCAUCAUCAUCCGGCGAUGUCUACCACGAUAUUGUCUCCGUCGGAAACCUGACAGUAAAGUCCCAAGCCGUCGAGUCCGCUCGAAACGUCUCGGCCCAGUUCACCCAGGGCAACAACGACGGCCUCGUCGGCCUGGCGUUUAGCUCCAUCAACACAGUCAAGCCCACGCCGCAAAAGACGUGGUACGACAACAUCGUCGGCAGCCUUGACUCUCCCGUCUUUGUUGCUGAUCUGCGCCACGACACGCCCGGCAGCUACCACUUCGGCUCCAUCCCCUCCGAAGCAAGCAAAGCCUUCUACGCCCCCAUCGACAACAGCAAGGGCUUCUGGCAAUUCAGCACGAGCAGCAACAUUAGCGGCCAGUUCAACGCCGUUGCAGACACUGGCACUACUCUGCUGCUCGCCAGCGACGACCUCGUCAAGGCCUACUACGCAAAGGUCCAGGGCGCCCGUGUGAACGUCUUCCUGGGCGGCUACGUCUUCAACUGCACCACUCAGCUGCCCGACUUUACCUUUACUGUUGGAGAGGGCAACAUCACUGUCCCCGGUACCUUGAUAAACUAUUCCGAGGCUGGCAACGGCCAGUGUUUUGGCGGUAUUCAGCCGUCGGGGGGUCUUCCUUUUGCUAUCUUUGGUGACAUUGCUCUUAAGGCUGCGUAUGUUAUUUUUGACAGUGGCAACAAGCAGGUUGGCUGGGCGCAGAAGAAAUAG